UUACAGAGCACCCUCCAAGCUCAACCCACCCUCAGCCCCCCCCUCCCCGCUUACCCCUCGGAUUUUCCCCCCCUCACUCCCCCUCCUUAUCCCACCCCAACCCCACCCCACCCCCAAACCCCCACCGGUGACCCCCAGAAAGGUCCCCGGGGAGGAGGAGGAGGAGGAAGCUCUUUAGGAGGUCGUCCCGCUUGCGAUUGUCCCAAUUGCCAAGAAUUGGAGAGGUUGGGGGGUCGGGGGGACAACCCCGGGGGGGCCCGAAGGAAACCGAUCCACAGCUGCCACAUUCCGCGCGGGAAAAUUUACGGGAAAGCUUCGCACCUGAAAGCUCUGAGGUGGCACACGGGGGAAAGACCCUUCGGCUGCAAUUGGCUCUUCUGCGGGAAAAGGUUCACCAGGAGCGACGAGUUGGAGAGACACGUCCGGACCCACACCCGCGAAAAAUUUACCUGCCUGCUCUGGAAACGCUUCACCCGCAGCGACCACCUCAGCAAACAUCAGAAAACCCACGCGGAAAGUGGGACCCCCACGAGCCAACCUCCGAAAACCACCGGCCCGGGAAUCGGGGAGCAGCCCCAAGCAUCCCCGCAGCCACCGCCGGGAUCUCCCGGGAAAGAAGCCGGCAGUCCCGAGGCUGGGAGUUUGUUGGAGAUCUGA